CCAGCUUCUUGGCCUUAGAGACCCCUCGCUCUGGGUUGACGCGGAAGCGCAGCAAUCCCCGCCACCGCCACCAUGGCCAACACUGGAGCCACGCGCCGCCACCGCCGCCGCGCCGCCGCCGCCGCUGCCGCCGCCGCAGCCGCCGCGGCAGAUCACCCGCCGCCCACCACGGCCCAGCAGCAAACAGGUAGCAGGAAACGGAAAGCGCCGGCUAUAGAGGCCGGCGCCGGGAGCUCCUCUUCGCAGGGCUUGGCGGCGGCGGACGGAGAGGGGCCGCUACUACCUAAGAAGCAGAGGCGGCCGGCGACGCGUCGCUGGCUGGUGCACUAUCUGAAGGGCCGGGAGGUAGGCGCCCGGGGAUCCGCGGGGCUCCAGGGCUUCGAGAGCGAGCUGCGGGGCUACGCGGUACAGAGGCUGCCCGAGCUGCUGACGGAGCGCCAGCUAGACCUGGGCACCCUCAACAAGGUGUUCGCGUCUCAGUGGCUGAACUCCAGGCAGGUGGUGUGCGGCACCAAGUGUAACACGCUUUUCGUGGUGGACGUGCAGUCCGGCCACAUCACACGCAUCCCCCUCAUGCCGGACAAGGAUGCCUGCCUGGCCCAGGCCCAUCACGGCUGCGGCAUACAUGCCAUCGAGCUGAAUCCCUCCAAGACGCUUCUAGCCACUGGCGGCGAAAACCCCAACAGCCUGGCCGUCUACCGCCUGCCCACCCUGGAUCCCCUGUGCCUGGGCGACCGCCACGGCCACAAGGACUGGAUCUUUGCCAUCGCCUGGCUGAGUGACACCGUGGCUGUGAGCGGCUCCCGCGACGGCACCGUGGCGCUGUGGCAGAUGGACCCUGACAUGUUCCACGGCAGCAUUGCCUGGCACAGUGAGGUGGGUCUCCCCGUAUAUGCCCACAUUCGUCCGAGGGAUGUGCACAGCAUCCCCAGGUCCACCACCAACCCGAGCAACCGCAAAGUGCGGGCCCUGGCUUUCAGCGGCAAGAACCAGGAGCUGGGAGCCGUGUCCUUGGAUGGCUACUUCCACCUGUGGAAAGCCCGGAGCACACUAUCCAGGCUGCUGUCCAUCAGGCUGCCCUACUGCCGAGAGAAUGUGUGCCUGACCUACUGCGAUGAAUUGUCCCUGUACGCCGUGGGCUCUCAGUCCCACGUCUCCUUCCUGGAUCCACGCCAGCGACAGCACAACAUCCGGCCCCUGUGCUCUCGAGAGGGUGGCACGGGUGUGCGGUCCCUGAGCUUCUACCGCCACCUCAUCACUGUGGGCACCGGCCAUGGCUCCCUGCUCUUCUAUGACAUCCGCGCCCAGAAGUUCCUGGAGGAGAGAGCCUCCGCAAGCCUCGACUCCACUCCGGAACCUGCAGGGAGGAAGCUCAAGCUUGACUGUGGCAGAGGCUGGCUCAACCAGGAUGACGUCUGGAUGAACUACUUUGGUGGCAUGGAAGAGUUCCCAAACGCCCUCUACACCCACUGCUACAACUGGCCCGAGAUGAAGCUCUUUGUGGCUGGGGGACCUCUCCCUUCAGGCCUCCACGGGAACUACGCAGGCCUCUGGAGCUAAGGAUGGACGCCUUGUUCUCAAAGUGCACAGGUUUACCUUUUGGUUCUGCCUCAAUUUCCUUCUUCAUGCUGCAUUUGUGCUUUUAAUUUUGUGUGGCUUUUGUCUUCCAGGUGGAACCAGUCCAACUUACGUGUGCCUCGUGUAUUAGGCUGAGAAAGAAAGAG